GUGAUUCGUUUCUCUCAGGAAAAUAAUUUGCCUCCGAAGGCAAUUUUGCUAAUUGACAACUGCUCUGCUCAUGCACCAAUUGAGAAACUUCAAAGCGACGAUGGAAAUAUAAUUGCAUUUUUCUUUCCACCAAAUGUAACAGCAACUUUACAACCAAUGGAUCAGAAUCCUAUUAAGUUAACCAAGCUAAACUACAGAAGUAUGCUUCUUUCUCAAUUAAUUGCUGAAGGAGGUGACCUCAAGGUUCGCUUGAAAUCCUUUUCAAUUCGAAAUGCAAUCAUGCUAUUAAAGCAAGCUUGGUAUGAUGUUCCAGAAAGAGUAAUAAAAAAGUCCUGGUCAAAGUUGAACAACUGGGACUCUGAUCAGUAUGAAAGUGAUGACGAUGAUGUGCCACUAGCACAGCUACUGCAAAAAGAUCAAGACUGCAAUGGAGCUCUUCAGGCAGCUAUUUUAACAGAAAUAGAGCCAACUAAUAACAUUAGCAUAUCAGAAAUUGAAAUAUGGAACAAUGAUGUGCUUGAUAACGACCCUGCACAUGAUCUCAAUAGCGAUGAUGAGUCUUCAGGUAGCAGCGAAUUUGAUGACCGGGAGGUCUUACCAGUUGUCUCUACUUCUACAGCCAUUGAAAGCGUCAAUAAUUUAAUAAAAUGGUGUACUUAUAGUGAAUCGUUUUCCGCAAAGCACACAAGCAAUCUGCUAGCUCUUCGCAAUGAGAUUGUUAUUGCAGAAACAAAUAAAAGGAAGAAGCAAACAGCAAUAACAGACUACAUGCCUGCAAAUUAG